CGAGGUGAUGAGGUUGUGUUCAGGGCAGGAGUAAACACUUACGGUCGUAUUACUGACUCGCCUAACAUCAUUAGCUCGCCUCUAGAGCGAGAAUUCUACUUUUCUUUGCUUAGGCUCACGGUAACUGCAUAUUGAGAUCACUAACUAACUUCGUUCAAGCUUGUGACGUGGGGGCUGGUGAGUGGGUAGAUGACGAGGUUUUUGACCCCAGUUCAAUGUUAUUUUCGGGGAGGAAGCGUCCGAGAACUGUGAAUAUCGACUUAUUGCGCCAUUGGUUACGUCUCUGUCACUCUGGACACGAGAAUUUGUGUGCCCAGCUAGAACACGAUAACCCCCAAGCCAGGCGGAUUCGUCGAAUUCGUUUUAUAGACCUCAAAGAUCUCUGUGUGCGCACGUUGGAAGACUUUGACCAUACUCAGCGAGGGCAUGAGUAUGUAGCUUUGAGUUAUGUCUGGGGCUCACCCAAACAGGCAACCUUGACCUCAGAGAAUAUAUACAUAUUGGGUCAGACAGGCGAGCUCACGAAGCAAUGUCUUCCGCAAACCAUCUCCGAUGCUAUUCAGUUGGUACAAUUAUUAGGAUUUAGAUUCCUUUGGGUGGACGCUCUAUGUAUAAUCCAAAAUGACGACGGGGAUAAAAGCGAGCAGAUAGGAAACAUGUCCCAGGUCUAUGGUCUUGCUUUCCUCACAAUUAUAGCUGCUUGCGGCACUAACUCCAUGUCUGGCUUGGCUGGACUUCGCCCAGGCACCCGCAGUUUUGAACAGAGGGAGGUGGUAGUAAUUCCCCCCGGUACUGGUAGCGCUGGUCUUUCCUUGUUGACCACAUGCGAGUCCCACCAAACCGGAUUUUGGAGUCCAUCUGGUAGCGAUUUCGAACUCAGUGCAUGGAACAGUCGCGGAUGGACUCUGCAAGAGCUUGCCAUGUCUCGACGCUGCUUGAUUUUUACUCGACACCAAGCCCUGUGGUCAUGCGGCGGAGGGUUCUUCUGUGAGGAGUCCCGCUUUGAACACCCACUUCUGGACCCGGAUGUUAAGAACACUGCCCCAUUUUCCAUGCCUAUUCGCUUUGCUUUGUAUUCGGUUGGAAAUGUGCUAACAACGCAACGCAUCAACGGUACCAUGUCACGUUUCAUAACGUCAUCGGAGCAAUUCUGGGACAAAUAUAACCGACUGGUCCAGAAUUUCACAUUCCGGCAAUUUUCUUUCAACGGGGACAGAUACGAUGGAUUCAGAGGCAUUGAGGAUGCACUACAUCAAAUUUCUGGCGAAGAAUUCUAUUGGGGACACCCACGGUCCCGCUUUGAGUUUUCGCUUUCUUGGGUGCCUGAAUAUGGAUUACAUCGCAACGACGACAAGACCACGCUGCCCAUAACCUCGCUCAACCAAAGAGUUUCUUUUCCCAGCUGGUCGUGGAUGGGUUGGAUUGGACGCGUUAGCUGUAGUGUCAGGAGUGUCAGGAGUGUCAGAUUAGCUAGGUAAGAUCUCGCUUGUAACUUUGAAUGGCGGUCAUACUGAUAGACUAUUAAAAUUUCGAACUGAAAGUGAAAAUCCGGAGAUUGUAUGCUUUGCUCAUACAAUCAAUCCAUUAGGUGUACAUGCAGUCCUCAAGCACGGGAUCAAUCGCUUCGAUGAUUUUUAAAAACGGUCUAUUCGGAACACUGCACCGUGGAAAGGGGGCAACACAGAGACG